GCGGGCGGGCAGCCGCGGCGGCGGCGGCGGAGGCUUCCUCGGGCCAUUUUGCUGAGCUGCGCCCGGGAGCGAGGACGAUCGUUCGGCCGGGAGCACCCCCGGGACCCUGAGUGCCGAUCGGCGGUGACCAAGCGGACUCCGGCUUUCCUCGAUCGCGAUCGCGGGGACCUCGAGGCUCCUGGAGCUCUCCGGGGAGGGGAAGCGGAGAGCCGCACCCCGAGAGCGGCGCGCCCCAUUCCCGCCCCCUGCACCAUGAGCUGGGGCACCGAGCUCUGGGAUCAAUUUGACAACUUGGAAAAACAUACACAGUGGGGAAUUGAUAUUCUUGAGAAAUACAUCAAGUUUGUGAAGGAGAGAACAGAAAUUGAACUCAGCUAUGCAAAGCAACUCAGGAAUCUUUCGAAGAAAUACCAACCUAAGAAGAACUCCAAGGAGGAGGAAGAAUACAGGUACACGGCGUGCCAAGCCUUCCUUUCCACCUUGAAUGAAAUGAACGAUUACGCCGGCCAGCAUGAGGUCAUCUCCGAGAACAUGACGUCACACAUCACCACCGAGCUGGCACGCUUUGUCCAGGAGCUGAAGCAGGAGAGGAAAUCGCACUUUCACGAUGGUCGGAAGGCACAGCAGCAUAUUGAAACCUGCUGGAAACAGCUGGAGUCGAGUAAGCGGCGGUUCGAACGGGACUGUAAGGAGGCCGAGCGAGCCCAGCAGCACUUUGAGAAGAUGGACGCAGACAUCAACGUGACCAAGGCUGAUGUGGAAAAGGCUCGACAGCAAGCUCAGAUUCGUCAUCAAAUGGCCGAGGAGAGCAAAGUGGAUUAUUCGUCCAUCCUCCAGAAAUUCAACCACGAACAGCAUGAAUAUUACUACACACAUAUCCCCACCAUAUUUCAGAAAAUCCAAGAGAUGGAGGAGAGAAGGAUAGUGCGGAUUGGGGAGUCAAUGAAGACCUAUGCUGAGGUGGACCGGCAGGUGACCCCCAUCAUCGGGAAGUGUCUGGACGGGAUAGUCAAGGCAGCUGAAUCCAUUGACCAGAAGAACGAUUCCCAGCUGGUCAUCGAGGCUUACAAAUCAGGGUUCGAGCCCCCAGGCGACAUCGAGUUCGAGGAUUACACGCAGCCCAUGAAGCGCACCGUGUCGGAUAACAGCCUCACCAAUUCCCGGGGGGAAGGCAAGCCCGAGCUCAAAUUCGGGGGGAAGGCCAAAGGCAAGCUCUGGCCGUUCAUCAAAAAAAAUAAGCUUAUGUCCCUUUUAACAUCCCCCCAUCAGCCUCCCCCUCCUCCUCCCGCCUCUGCCUCACCCUCUGCUGUUCCCAACGGCCCCCAGUCUCCCAAGCAGCCAAAGGAACCCCUCUCCCAUCGCUUCAACGAGUUCAUGAUCUCCAAACCCAAAAUCCACUGCUUCCGGAGCCUAAAGCGUGGGCUUUCUCUCAAACUGGGUGCGACACCUGAGGAUUUCAGCAACCUCCCCCCAGAACAGAGAAGGAAAAAGCUACAACAGAAAGUCGAUGAAUUAAACAAAGAAAUUCAAAAGGAGAUAGAUCAAAGAGAAGCCAUCACGAAGAUGAAGGACGUGUACCUCAAGAACCCGCAGAUGGGGGACCCGGCCAGUUUAGACCACAAGCUAGCCGAAGUCAGCCAGAACCUAGAGAAACUGCGGUUGGAGACCCAGAAAUUCGAGGCCUGGCUGGCCGAGGUGGAAGGGCGGCUCCCGGCCCGGAACGAGCAGGCCCGCCGGCAGAGCGGACUGUAUGAGCCGCAGCCCCCACCGCCCCCGGUGGCCAACUGUGCCCAGGACCGGGAGAGCAGCCCCGAUGGCAGUUACACGGAGGAGCAGAGUCAGGAGAGUGGGGUGAAGGUGCUGGCCACAGAUUUCGAUGAUGAGUUUGACGACGAGGAACCCCUUCCAGCCAUCGGCACUUGUAAAGCUCUCUACACGUUCGAAGGGCAGAAUGAGGGGACCAUCUCCGUGGCUGAAGGGGAGACCCUGUAUGUCAUUGAGGAGGACCGAGGCGACGGCUGGACCCGAAUCCGUAGAAACGAAGACGAGGAGGGCUACGUGCCCACGUCCUACGUCGAAGUGUAUUUGGACAAAAAUGCCAAAGAUUCGUAAAGUUGGUCCUGGGAGCCAGACCUCGGGGACCCUCCCAAGAAAAGGCCUCUUGUCCCCACAGCCCUGCCCAGGCCCCACCAUGCGGCCCCCCACAAGGCUGGGCAGGCGUGGCCUCGGAACCCCCUCCUGCAGUGACACUCACGCACCCCAGCCUUUCCUGAAAGCGUGUCCCCCUGGGGCCCCAACUGAACUCCUCUCAUGGGUGGCAGGGGACAGUUCUGCUCCCCAACCACCCUGUGGGGGCCUCGAAGGACACACCACUUGCUGUUCCCUCUUCUUGCCCCGCAUCCCUUCCUAGGCCUUCAUCAUCCCAUUCCCCCACCCACCACUCACCCCUGGCCACGGAUCACACUGUGCCUUCCUGACACUCGCCGCAGGUCUCCUGGGAGGACCCACAAUCUCAACGGGCGCUUGGGGGACCUUCUCUGCUGGGCCUGGCCCUGUUUCCGGCCAGAGGGUGGCCACGUGACCACACACCGCAACCUCUGUCCACUCUUGCAUGCACAUACUCCAUCGCAGGCAGUCACACAACCCAUGCGCCGCAUGCACGCUCUCACCUCCCCCUAGGACAUAUUUGGGGGGUCCUGUCAUCAGUAGCCUGGAGGGUUCCCAGCUCCUCCACUGUGUCCCUGUCCUCUCCCUGAGAACUACAGAGCUCCCCCUUUGUCCUCAGUGUACCCCUGGCCUUCAAGCCUUCUGUCCACAAAUUCCAAGACUUUAGCACUUAGCGCUUCCUGCACCAAAGCCCCUUGGGCCUCCUGCC